AUGGCGAUGAACGACUUUGGCUGGAUUGACCUCUGCUACGGAGGUCGCCCGCAGCAGCCAUGCUGCUCACUACGUCUUCAAGCCAUUGUUUCCGAGCUAGACUCACUCAUCAAGGAUGUGGAAGAUUUGAGGGACCGAAUUUCCGAGGUGGAAAAGCCGGACGCGGAGGGCCUAGUGAGGGCCGCCGUAGAGAAGCAUCUGAGCGAAUAUCUCCGGCGUUGCAACGAGUUAAAUCAAAAAUGGCAAGUGCAAAUCACCAACUUCGGUGAGGAGCUAAAGCGGCUUAAAGCUGAAGAAAUUGUCGAGCUGCGCACUUCCCUAGCCAGCCAGGCUGCUCAGCUGUCGUCGCUGGACAGCGAUAUGCAAGUAUUGAGGCAGCUCUUGCCUGUACACGGCGCAAGCCUCAAGGCAACAGAGGCCGCACUGCAGCUGCUAAGGGAGGGCACGGAGAGGUCGGAAGCCCUAGAGGCGUUGCGUGCGGAUCUGUCUGCCCUAAAGAAGAGCUGCCGCCAGAGCAACGUGGCACUGCUACAGCUGCGGGAGGCCCUCCCCGAGGCUGUUGCUUUCUCUCAAGACGUGACGACCCUAAGAAGGGACGCCGAGCAACAAGCUGCCAAAGUUGCAGCCCUUGGAAGAUCUCUAUCCACGGUCGAGGAGCAGCAAAAUCUGAAGGGCAGAGAAUUGGACCGGCUUCGCUCUGAGGUUGGGAUGAUCAAAACAGCAAGCCAAGCACGAACUAAAGAAGUACAAGAAUUUGCAGAGAUUCGCGGCGAGGUGCAGCGGCUCAGGACCGAAGUGGAUUACAUCAAGGGUACAAAGCUUCGAGCCUUACAGUCUAGUGAAAAGGCGGCAGCAGGAAUGGCCGACCUCAGUCGUUCCAUUGAAGCCUUGCAGAGCCGAUUGAAGGGGUCGUUGGAGCAGAUUAAAGGAGGGGCCUUCAUGUCUCGUUGGCCAGGGGAAGGGCCCACUCAGCUGUCAGUAGGAGUUCCCGUCAGUAGUAGCAGGCUAGCGACGCCCCGCACAUCGAGGAAGCUGCUGCAGCAGCCGAGUUCACCCCUUACUGCUGGCCGUGUCGGUAAACGUGGGAGCCUCCAUACGCAACUGUUGCACAUACACACGGGGGACGAGGAACCCAUUGCUUCCGCUGCACCAGAGCAAGCUGUGCAGCAACAGCAACUCUCUGGAACAACCGCGGCAGUUGCUGCAGCAGCGCUCAGUGCCACCAAAAGCAGCCAUGAAUUUGGAAUUAGUGGAAGUCAACAAGCGCCCCAGAGUCCACAGGGCACCGCAUCAGCGGAUCUGCAACAGCAACAGCCAGAGCAGCAACAACAGCAGCAAGGCCUUUUCCCACCUACGGCCAGGACCCCCAGCACACCCCCAGCCUUCACCAGGCCCACACUUCAAGGACCCCACCUUAGGGGCCUUGCGACGAGAAGACACAGCAGCGCUGGAGUGCCCCUUCAGCAGCAGGAAGACACACAGGAGCAGGAGCAGCAACAACGACAGCAGCAGCUAAUGGACCUUUCGCAGAAGCGUCGCGUCAACUUUGGGCAUCACGUUGCCCAACAACAUCAAAUCCAGCAGCAGCAACUAGAACAGAAGCUGCAGCAGCAACUGCAGCAGCAACUUCACCAACAACUGCAACAUCCACAGCUAGAACAGCACGUGCAGCAGCAGCAGAAGGGAGCGGAAGAGAUGCAGGCGCUUAUCAAGGAAGAUCUCCAAGUGAGGAACCCCAUCAGCAGUAGCUGCAGCAGCAGCACAACAGACAGCAGCGGGGGGCCCAUCUGCGGUAACUCACCCGUCUCAGGCCUUCAGUUCUCUGAGCCUCAUCCCGAAGUAGAGGAUCUUCAUGAUUUUGCUCUUGAUAAAGCAACAGAUACACAGCAGGGUCCAGCUGCUACUGUCGAGACACCGGAUGCUUGUGCAACAGUAGAGAUGCAGCAGCAGAGUGCAGAAGCAAGAGUCUCGCCGCCAGCUGAUGACCCAGUCAAACCCUUAGUCUGA